UCAGAACCGAAAGUCAGGCUAUUUAUAGAGCACUUGUCCACAUGCGGCGGAGGAGCAGCCCAGCCCGACCCGGCCCCGUUCGUAUGUCAGCACCGUGCGCCGCUAACCCUCCUCGCCGAAUCAACGUAGGAGCCAGUGCUCUGAUGCUACCGCUUCCUAAAUUCCUGCCCCCCCUCCAGCAAGCGGCUCCAUUUCACAGACGGGAACAGGUGCCAUCCCUCUUCUGGUCCGACUCACAGCAUGUUCGCCGGCUAGAGCGGGAAGUCUGGACUCUCGCCGCGUCGCUCCCGCCAUCGCCAUACUUCGGAUGUCGUGUUCCCCGGGGGGGUGUGCGCGGUUUUUUGGGGGGGAAGGGGGCAGGCCGUGCUGUGAGCACCAGGGAGGACCCGUCCCCGGUGUGAACACAGGAUGAGGGGCCGGGGCCGUGCCAUGGGAGCUGCAUGUCAGGGCCAUCCGCCGACUGCGGGCGCACAGAAAGGUUCCGGCGCUUUCCGUCCGCUUCGCAGCACCAUGGUCGGCAGAGUCCUGCCGAGGUUUCGCUGGGGGUUACCAGGAGACUGUGCACAGGUCAGACGUGAUGAUGCGACGCUGUUUCGCCUGCUGUGAACUUCCCGGAAUGUAUACCGUUUUCCGAGCCGUGUGAAUGGCAUCGACGGCAGGAAUUUCAUCGGCGUUCCAAAUGCCUUGACCCCCCACCCCCCAACUCGGACUGAAGCUGCCUGUCCUGCUAUUCAAGCGGAACAAUGAAUCUCUUCCCCUCAGGUUUCUCUGGAUUUUCCAGCAUGUUUGGGAAGAAGAAGAAGCGGCUCGAGAUCUCGGCGCCCUCCAACUUCGAGCACCGCGUGCACACGGGCUUUGACCACCGCGAGCAGAAGUACACUGGGCUGCCGCAGCAAUGGCAGAGCCUGAUCGCCGACACCGCCAACCGGCCCAAGCCCAUGGUGGACCCCUCCUGCAUCACCCCCAUACAACUGGCUCCCAUGAAGACCAUUGUGCGAGGGAGUCGACCUCAGAAGGAUGUCUCAAUCAAUGGUCUGCUCGAAGAGUUUGACAGCAUUUCUGUGACUCGGUCAAACUCUCUCCGCAAGGAGAGCCCACCUGCUCCCCACCAGCCGGGUUCGAAACACGCUUCUUCCAAGCCCGCAGAGGAGAACGGUUUUGGCCACCACUACUCGCGCUACUCCUGCGACCUGGACAGCUCUAAAGACUUCCCGUCAGAAGGCUACAGGGACAAGGCUUCCUUCGAUGGGGAGUGGGCGUUGGGGAGGCACUACCGGUUCACCAAACAGAACGGGCAUGCCAUGAGGAGUCCCUUUUACCCUGAUGCCAUGCCUCAGAAGUCAGACUAUGCCAAAAUGCCCCCAGACUAUCACACCUACCUGGAGAGCAAGGUGCGCUCAGAGGAAGCGGUAGGGAGCAGCCGGGAGUUCUACCAGAGUUCCUGUGGGAGCUCUGUCCAGGACCACAGAGAGCAGCCGCUGGGCACGCCGUCGCGGACUUCCCUGCACAGCGAGCAGAUCAGCUGCUCGGACAGUGAGUGGGGCUAUGGGCCGUCCCGCGAGGAGUAUGAGAAGAGACCAAAGUCAUCCUACGUAGGCCAUGGCAGCCCUCAGCCCGCCAUCCGCCAGCGGUCCCGGUCCGGCUCGGGGCUGCAGGAGCCCAGCCCACCGUAUGGAAUCAGUGCAUUCAAAUCCACCCAGCAGGGCCAUUACAGUUCCUACACAUACCCACGUCUCUCCGAAACUGUGACCGCCUCCCAGGGAGACUAUGACAGGAUGUCCAGGGACGGAAGCCCCCAGGUACCUGGAUCGGACACGUACCCUCGUGGACUCCUCAAGCUACCUCAAAGCCAUGCCAAACCAAGCUACCCCAGCAGCUUCCAGUAUCCCCCAACGUUCCACUAUAAACCAUCCCCCUAUCACCACCCUCCGUCACAGCCGAGCCCCCCUUACACACCUCAGGGUGCGUACUCCCAGCCCUGCUCCCCGUACAUCCCACCUGGGGCCUACCCUCCCCCCAGCUGGGGCUCCGCCUCUGACCAGCCACCGUCCAGAGUGUCCCACGAGCAAUUUCGGGCUGCUCUGCAGCUGGUGGUAAAGCCUGGGGACCCACGGGAGUACUUGGACAAUUUCAUUAAGAUUGGCGAGGGAUCCACUGGCAUUGUCUGCAUCGCUACGGAGAAGCACAGUGGCAAGCAAGUGGCUGUGAAGAAGAUGGACCUGCGUAAGCAGCAGAGGAGGGAGCUGCUUUUCAAUGAGGUGGUUAUAAUGAGGGAUUACCACCACGAGAACGUGGUCGACAUGUACAACAGCUACCUAGUCGGGGACGAGCUCUGGGUUGUGAUGGAGUUUCUGGAGGGUGGAGCUCUGACUGACAUCGUCACUCACACGAGGAUGAAUGAAGAGCAAAUUGCCACUGUUUGUCUAUCGGUGCUGAAGGCUCUGUCGUACCUCCAUACACAAGGAGUCAUCCACAGAGAUAUCAAGAGCGACUCCAUCUUACUCACCAGCGAUGGAAGGAUAAAACUCUCAGAUUUUGGAUUUUGUGCCCAAGUGUCGAAAGAGGUGCCGAAAAGAAAGUCACUGGUUGGCACCCCUUACUGGAUGGCACCAGAAGUCAUUUCCAGAAUGCCAUAUGGUACCGAGGUGGAUAUUUGGUCCUUGGGUAUUAUGGUGAUGGAGAUGGUGGAUGGUGAGCCCCCCUACUUCAACGAGCCACCCCUCCAAGCCAUGAGGAGGAUACGGGAUAACCUGCCGCCCCGCCUCAAAGAGUCCCACAAGGUGUCCUCUGUGUUGAGAGCCUUCUUGGACCUGAUGCUGGUGAGGGAGCCGUCCCAGAGGGCCACGGCCCAAGAGCUCCUGCACCAUCCCUUCCUUAAGCUCUCGGGCCCCCCCUCCUGCAUUGUGCCUCUGAUGCGGCACUACCGCCACCGCUGACGCCCCCUGCAGGGCGGCACCGUUCCUGCAGCAGUGGGACUUUUCGAAACGGCGACACCCAUUGCCAAGUUGUAGUUUAGGAGAAGAUGUCAGCUUCUGUUAAAUAAAUAAUACCUGGCUUUAGACGCAGGCUUCCAUGAAGUAACUACUGACCCCGUCUUUACUAGGCAGGUAGAAGUUAAUUAGUCGCUUGUGGGGUGGUGGUUCGGUAGUUUCCUCUGUUUAGGCAAUACUUCUAGACUCUUUUUGCAGAGUACAUCCAGUAAAGAGUCUGACAGGCACCAAGGAGAAGGUGAGUCCCUGAUGGUCUGCCCUGAUGGUCUGCCCUGAUGGUCUGCCCUGAUGGUCUGCCCUGAUGGUCUCUACACGCUGGCCUGUGAGGCUGAGGGGAACCCAUGCGUUGCCUAAAUCACCACUUCACAAGAGUGCGUUCACAACCUACCCUUUUGAAUUUAGCUUAUUUCUUGCAGUGUAAAAUAUCCUAAUUUUUUCUCCUCUAACACUAAUAGUGUUAUGUAUUUUAGAUCAACUGUAUUUUUUUCUGUACAGUUUUGAUAAUCUGUAUUUUGCUGUGAUGUUACUAUUGUGAUAUGGGCAGUAUUAAAUAUAAUUAAGAUAGUUUCUGCAAAGAUCUUUCCUACUAUUUAUAAUCCAAUUUUGAUUAAUAAAUGAAGAGAAGCUAAAUAAACCCACCACUUACCGAAACAAACACCAACCAGAAUAUAUUUAUUAUCAUAAACAAAACAUUUGUAGGCAGUAUUUCCUGUCAGAGUGGGGAAAUAAGGGUAUUACCAGAAUUUUGUAUGCUGUUAAAAAGUAUUAUUUAUUUUUUGAAUUGAAGAUUUAUUUUUCAGUAGUGUAGCCUUUUUUAUUUAUUUUAUUUUCUAAAAAAAGACAGUAAUGUUGAUUAUAUCAUACAAGCAAUAUUUCUACCUUGUUUAUCAUUACAUUUUUCUUUAACAUCAAUAAAAUUGAUAACUUUCGGAAUACAGCUAGUUCUUCAAUGUGGAUGGUUUAUUUAGAUGGAAAAAAAACAAUUGCUCCUAUAAAAAUUCUGAAAUGUGCAUAAAAGGCCAAUUUAUGCAAGUAACAACAAUGAAGUUUAGCAAUAUUUCUAAAUUCAUUUCAUUAUAAAACAACCUUGAUAUACACAAUACUUUCACUUACAUGUAUGAUUUACUUUUCAUUACUGGGGAUGGGCACUAUUUACAGAACAUACCUAUUAUGGUUUAUUUUCUUAGCCAUGUAUGGUUAGUUAACCCCCCAGUUUUAUUACUACCUUAUUCAUGUAUCAUCCGUGGUGUUUUGUAAAUAUGGCACAUAAUCAUGUUUGCUGCUGUCUAAACCUUGAUGAAUGUUCCAAACUGAAUGACUAUUACUUAACUGUGGUGUUGCUUGUAGAGUGAAAUUGCAUGUUUGUUAUCAGUAAAGCUGGUUUUCAAUUACAAA